GCAAGUCUCUCGAUUAUUCACUCGUAGAAGGUACACAAACACAACGAGGCUUCAGAACGGUUUAGAAAUGGGUUCUACAGGUGUUUUAACAUGCCACUGCAACGUGGUGAAUAUCAUACAUUACCGGACGCUGCUCUCAGUCUACACUUGACCAUCAACAGCCACUGCCUCUCAGGGAUUCACAGUUCCCAAAUAACUUACAUAGAGAUUUACUAGGCUAUUUCUUCCUCCACUUUAUCAUUUUUUCCUGGUGGCGAUGAAGGAACUCCGUUCUGACUAUCCCGCGUCCCUUCAUUCAGGUUCUCGAAGAGCAAGACCCCUCUUCCGAACUCAGGACUCUGAGCAGCCAGUGUCUAGUACAGACCCACCAGUUUUGCCGAAGCAUCGUUCUGCCUCCCAGCCUCCUCCGCGAAAACCCACGGCGACAUCGGGCCCGUGGCAGCAUAUGGCGAACACCUACGCUUGGGUUGUUGAACAAGAAUUCGUCCAAGUCGAUCGAAAGAACCGGACAACAGAACAAUGGAUUUUUGAACAAAAAAUUCGCUCUCCGGACGUCGGCACACAGGAACGACGUAAUAUUGAAGAACGUGUCCGAAGGAGGAUGUGGGAGGAGGCAAUGAAUGAGUAUGAAAUCGAGGCUGAGAGAUGGAUGAGGCAUGAAGAAGAGAUGAGGCGGAGAAGAGUCGCUGCCGAACGAGAGAGAGAAAGACAGAGAGCUAAAGCUAAAACGGGAUCGAACUUACAAGAUGAAUUACGGCGUUUUGAGUUUGAAGCGCGUAUGCGAGACAAGCAGGAACGCGACCGUGAAGCGGAAAAACACAGAGAAGACCGAUACAGAGCUCGGCAGGCAGCUAGAGAACGCGAGCGUGAGCACAGGGAGCGGGUUAGGGCUGAGAGAGAAAAGUCGAUAGUCAAUGUAUGGGAGAAGUACGAGAAGCAAUGGGUCUCUUUGAUCUCUACAUCCUCGGAGCCCAUCAAAUUUUCCGAUAUUCCCUGGCCAGUGCAGCAUACAGUGACAUCACCCGAGGAUCUCACGCCGACAGGAAUAUCCGCUUUUCUUCUGUCUGCACUUCAUUCGCAGAACCAGUCCCGAAAAGAAAGGAUACGGAACGCACAAUUGAGGUGGCACCCGGACCGAUUUCAGCGGGUGAUGCGACGAGUGCGAGAAGAAGAUAAGGGUUCAGUGGCAGAGGGAGUAGGAAUUGUAGCAAGAUGCUUGAACGACAUGAUGACUAGAGAGAAAAGAGCAUAAAGACUAGGUAUCGAUUAUAGUCAUCCCAGUACCCUGCAAGCUGGUCUUGUAAUACGUAUCUCUUGUGCCAUAACUUAAACCAUAAGUAAAAAUGUAUAUUAUGAUCACCUGUAAGAGAACGGUUCCAUAUUUUUGCAGUCGGUUGACAUUGUUGGACUGGAAGAACUGGAAGUGCGAAAGGAGUCUCGGCGCCUAAUAUGUCACACACACAGUGACAGGGGCGGGCCUG